UUGUAGCGUAUAUACAGGGGGGGGGACUUAAACGCUCCACUUGACUACACACUGGCGUAAACAUGUAGCAUGACAUGGCUUGAAUAUAAAAACAUUGUCUAAAAUCAUUGUUAAAUUUCAAUAAUACACUUUCAACAGUGGAUAUUAACAGUUAAAACAUUGAAUUAUGUAUAUAUAGGUAUAUAUACACAUUUACAAAUACAUUACGGUAUCUAUUGGGAAUAUCUACACAGAAAGGUUACUGUUAUAUGGAUUAUGUCAUAUAACCUAUGAAUUAUAUGGUAACCAAGGUAACGAGGACUUCAUAGUAAGAAAAUGUCGGACGAGGAAGAUGACACGUAUAAAAUAUAUAACCCCUGGGCUUUCAUCCAUUCUGAGGAGUUUACAACAGACAUAGUGAUUGAGGAUGUUAAGGAGAUAUACUCAACGGGCCCAGCAGAAACAGCGGAGGGGGAGAUCGUGGAGCAGGACAGCCAAGAGGCGAUACAGUACUGCUCCUAUAAACGAGAGGAGGAUGAGAGCGAUGUCCACGAGGAGAAAUUUAUUCUACGUUUUCUUGCCACGAAUACAAACAAUAUCCACAGAUACAUGUGGGUUACAGACAGCGGGGAAGUGCGCACAGAUGGAGGGUACACAAAUAUUGCUACAUUUUUCGAGGUAAUACAUUGGUGUAGUCCUAAACAGAACAGCUACCAGUUGAUAUGUUACGGCGGCGGUUGUAAAGGGUACAUACUUUAUGUGGACGGAACAAACCUGUGUACAAGGAAAUACAAUGAAGCUACUGAUGACCAUGAUAUAACUACAAAAUUUCAAAUGUGUCCACGCGGAGAUGACAUCUCCGUGCGGGCUUUCAUUUCAAAGACUGGCGUUGCUUUAUAUUUUGACGACGAAGGAAAUUAUCGCCCUGAAGGACCACCGACCCCUCGUGGAGGGCCUGGGGCAUCGAUGGAAGACGCCGUGUCAAGACUUCAUCCUUUGUAUUUCAUCACAUCAAAUGUGAAGGUCUUACGCGUGACUUCCGUUUAAGUUAAAGCAAUUAACGGCACACCAAACAUUACAUGUAUUAAUUUAUACAGAAGCUACAAAGCAUGGUGAAAUCUAUAAUUCUAUAAAUGAUUUAUUUUCUAUUAUAAGGUGUCUUAAAGUUUAUAAUAAUGCACUACACUUACAUAACAUAUCAAUUAAUACAAUCAUUUAAAAACGGCCAAACAGUAAGUUCAUUAAGAUAGGUCAAUAGAUCUCAAAUUUUCAAAAUUAUUCAUGUGGAGAAGUUGUCAAGUGCAUAAAAAAACUAUAGUGGUCCUAGUACAGAAGCGUGUUAUGUUUCAGGAAGCUCUUGAAAAUAUGUGACAUUAAAAUAUGGUAAAAAUUAGCAUAUAAAAAUCUGGAUAAAGUGUGAUCUCUUGAAAGCACUAAUCAGUAAUCACAACAAAAUUACUUGAAACAGCAGACUUGGCUUGAUUGAGUCUGUACAUGAGGGAAAAAGUGCAACAUCCCCCUAGCACCGUCUUCAAGGUGUUGGAAUCAAUGAUUGUGAAGGACCAAAAAAUUAAACAACACUGAAGUGAAGUAUGGCAUUUGACACCUACUGUUGUGAAGAGCAAACCUAACAAGUGAAACAGAAAAAAUAUCUUUACAAUCAAACAUCCAUUAAGAUUUUAUUCAUGCUAAAGUCCAACUAAUUUUGAACAAGUUGAUUCUUUUGUUUCAUGUAUGGUAAUUUCUCCGUUUUAAGAUUCUGACCCAAAACAAUAGUGUGUCAACUUUUGAUCAAGAUAUCAACUUGUUUUGAAUACUCGUACCAAUUCCUAACUCAACAAAAUGAAAUAAAUCUGAAGACAGCUGAGUAUGCCAAAUUUCAUAUUUCUUAACACAGAAGACUUCUUGGUUCUGGGUGAAAAAUGAAACACACUACUUAUACAGUUAAGAAAUUGAAACUAGUCAAAAACUUUUUUUUAAACCUAUGACAAUAUUUUGGCCACAAGAAUACAAAUUAUAUUUUUCUUUGAUCUACAUGGUAAUAAACCUGAUCUCAUUAUAAAUAUAUACUUUUAUAAUAUCAUAUUGUUCAUAAUUAUCAUUUUAACAACUAUAAUGUACAUGUGUAUGUUAUCCAUGCUUAAUGAGGGUCCAUCUGCCCUUUCAGGCACCGACAGUAUGGACCCAAAUACAAUGUACAUUUAAACUCACAAGCCAUUAAUUAUCAAAUAAAUGUAACUUUUCAUUUUACAAACAAGUCCCAUGAUUAUAGUUAUUCAAGACAUGUCUCUGACAGCUUGAUCUUUUAAUGGUCAUGUUCAACCCAUAGGGGGUUCUCUUGAUUUUUUUUCCCUUUUCCCACACUUCAUAUAUUAUAAUAUAAAAGAUUGGACAGGAAAAAAAUUGAGAGGACCCUUUAUGUGUUCUCCCUGCAAAUUUUGUUGUAUGAACUUAAAAGGUUACAAAUGAACAUAAGAAAUAUGAUACUGUGAUGGCCAAAUUUAACUUGAAGGAACUGCUGCAACAGUCAUCGAAUUUAGUGCUGGCCCAGUGGCCCAUGGUCAGUGUGAAUUACUUCGGGCCAGUGUAAAUUUUAAGAAAAUUUAGUUAAAUAUAUAGUAGAAUAAAUUCAAAGGAGUUUGUAUAAGAUAAGAGCUCAGUAUACAGGCCAGUAACUGAAGACUGACACACUUGAUAUAUUGGUAUCAGUUGUCCACAUUUUUUCUAAGAACUUUUAUAGAAAAGAAUAAACAAGAUAAUUACAAUUUAGAAGUGAACUAGGAUAUUUUCUUCAAGAAAGUUUAAUUUAGUUUCACUCUUAUCUUGGACAAUCAGUAAGUGCUGUACCUUAUGAUAAUUUUGCCAUCUUUUAGUAGCUUUAAUAUUUUAAAUAAACAAUUUUUGCAUGAAUCCAAGGGAAUAUUACUUUGUAAGUUGCACUUAGACUGUAUUAUUUCCCUUUACAAAAACUUUAUGAAAUAUUUAUUCAUAGUCAUAUUCUUUUUUAAAUGUUCCAUGUGAAAUUUUGUGUUGAUUUUUAACUUUAAGCACACAUGUAUAUAAGAAACACAAGCAUAUUGUUUUGAUCCCCAUUCAUUUACUAUAGAUAUGUUAUAAAUCCCCCCCCCCCAAGACCACUAGAAAUUAGAAAUAAUCCAAAUUUACAUAAAGGCUAGUGGCUUAAUUUACUUAAAAUUCACAACUUCUAUCAAAAUGAAAUGCAAUAACCCACUGUUUAUCAAAACAAAAACAUCAAGCAAAAUCUAAGUGAUAAAAAAUAUUAUACAGUGUAACUUCCGAAAACCGAACACCCAUGGGACUUGUCAAAAAGUUCGGAUUUUAGAGGUUUCCGGAAUUCAGAGGUUUAUGAUAAUGUGGACAAGACUAAGCCACUUAAUAUCACUAAACGUCAAGGACGAUGUGGCCAUUACUGUAAUAUCAUAUCAGUUUGUAAAAAUGUUGUUAAUUGCAUAAACUUACAUAUCGUCCGAUGCUAGUUAAUUAAUUAUUACAUCAAAUGCAAUAAAAUCCCUAAAGACGUUUGAUGCAUACAUUGUCCCAUUAAUUGUCAUUUAAUCCGCUAAUAAACACUUCAAAUUAACUGACCGCCGUAAAUUACUUUGACUAACCGCAUCACUUCAAACAUACCAUUUCAGUUUGUGAUUUUAACGCGUG